GUUUCUGGGCUCGCGGAGACUGUUUUCAAUAUCAUCGGGUGUUUAUUUUGAAGAAUUGAAACAAUUGCAUCUACUGUAAUUCUUGUGUCAUUGUCCGCGGACCUCAAUUUCCACUGCUUUGAGCCAGAGUAAACGCUGCAACAGCAGGAGCUUGUUUCAGGCCAACACCUACGAUCGUCACUCUACAAAACUUUCGAUUGGUCCUGUCCAUACCUUUCCACCACAACCAGACAAAUAACGACGCAACAAUGGAUCUCGACUUGUAUAGCAAGUCGUUCACAUCAGAGGGUCACUUUCGCGUCCUGACCACCUUACUGGUCCUCACCCUCCCCAUCUUGACGGCUUUCUAUGUCUACCAUGACUACAAGGCGUUCCUCUCGCUCGGCCCUGGGGGUACUCCAUCAACACCACUUGGCUACUUGAAAGUUAAAACGCUCGGUCUCCUUUCCCUGCGAGAUCCACUCCGACCGUUGCCCAUUCCAUCGCAUUUCCGCCCACAGAAGGGAUAUCUGGAGUCCUUACCAACUCGCUCCGGAGAACGGCCACUCGUGCAAGGCAUUGCUCCACAACGCCAACAAGCACAAAAGAGCGAUGAGAAGAUGUACGAACAGCUCGUUGAGCGAAUGAGGGCUUACGCUCAGGAGCCAGCGAACAUGCUCCUGGAACGCACGAGCUGCUUCGAGAAGAACAGCUCCGGCCUCUUCGCGUCUGUGCCUAUCACGCGCACGUGCGGUGGAGAGAUCUGCCACGCUCAUCCUUCGGACGGUUCUCUGCACCUCACGCUGCACCCCGCGGACGCAAAGAUCAUGCUCGAGAACGGAUGGGGUGAGAGACAUCCGCUGGCUAAAGGAGGCUGGUUUAGGAGGUUCGUGCCGCGGGAGUUCGUCCUUAUCUAUGCGCCGAGAACGGAGAAGGACCUCCACAUUGUUAUGCAGAUUGUGGCUGCAAGUAUCUGGUGGGUCAGUGGAGUUGACGUCAACGCAGACGCUGAAGCAAGAGGGAGACGUAGGAGUGCCGACGUUGCGGCAAUUGGUCAGGCGAUGGAAGGGAAUGAGUGCUGGGCUUGCAAAGCUCAUGCAUGUGGUGCUGGCGGAGUGGAGAAGAUGACAGGAAACGUAUAGGAAGCGAAAGGUCGACAAAAGGACGCAUACUUGUCAUGAUGCAUGAUGGGAGCAUUGCUUUGCGUUCAAGCGGGUCUUUGGCGUUCCUG